AUGUCUUACAACACAGCAAAAGCAAUUUCGGAUUACUUGAAGGAAGAAUAUGCAGGAGAUGAGAGGAUUAGAAGCAUGCAAGUAUUGAAUUUAAUGAGAGAAUUUGAGCUGCAGCGAAUGAAAGAAUCAGACACCAUAAAAGAGUACUCAAAUACGUUGCUUGGCAUUGCCAACAAAGUACGAUUGCUGGGCACCGCUUUUUCUGAUUCAAGAAUUGUUGAAAAAAUUCUUGUAUCAGUACCAGAGAGAUAUGAAGCUUCUAUAGCUACCUUGGAGAACACAAAGGAUCUAUCUAAGAUCACUUUGGCAGAGGUGAUGCAUGCCUUACAGGCCCAAGAGCAAAGAAGACUUAUGAGGCAAGAAGGAUCUGUGGAGGGUGCUUUUCAAGUCCAAUUCCAGAGCAAUGGCAACAAACAAAAAAAGAAGCAGAACAAUGACUCCAAACCUGGAAGAUUAAACAAGAUCAACAAGAGUAAUGAUAAUCAGGUUUUUCCACCUUGUCCUCAUUGUAAAAAAACCAAUCAUCCACAAAAAAGGUGCUGA